GUAAAGGGAGAACCACAUAUUGCUUUCCAUGGCCUAAGAUGACCAAACUCCACAAUACCUGUGGCUGCAAACAAACUAUAGUAACUGUCACCAAAUCCUCGAGAAUCCUCUCGAACCUUCCUCCCGUGGAGCCUAGCCCCAACCGACCGUCCUUGAGACAUCCUGUGAAACCUUCAACCUUAAAGCAUGAAAUCCAAUCAACUGGUGUCUCUGUCUGUCACCAGCUAGUUCUCCAUUGGCGAGCUCAAGCACAACUUAACCACAAUCCAGCGCCCGGAGAAUUUACUAAUAGAUUCGACUGAUCUUUCAGGCUAAGGGCUAUGUCAUCCGAGUGUUACUAUUCGGUGCUGGGGUUGCGGAAGCAGGCGACUGCCGAGGAGAUCCGCUGCGCUUACCGGAAGCUUGCUCUGAAAUGGCACCCGGAUAGGUGGAUGAUGAAGGACCCGACCAUCACCGGAGAAGCCAACAGACGGUUUCAGCGUAUCCAAGAAGCUUAUUCAGUUCUGUCUAACAGAGGAAAAAGAACCAUCUACGACGCCGGACUACUCAGUCUCAUGGGCGAUGACGAUGAUCAGGGAUUUUGCGAUUUCAUGCAAGAAAUGGCCAUCCUGAUGGAAAAGCAGAAGCCACAGGGAGGAAAUAGUUUUGAGGAGCUUAAAGGAUUGUUGAUGGAUAUGAUGGCUAAGGAUGAAAAGAUUGGGCAUCCAAAGCCUUCUCAGGGUGCUUGCAAAAGGACACGCUUUGCUCAUACAUGAGCCGAGUUUAGUUAAACUAGCUAGCGUAGAUGAGAUUACCAUUUUCCCUUGAUUGGAAUUGUAAUUAACUUGCAUAUAUUUUCAAUGUGUAAAUUAGGAAUAAAAUUGGGCAAAAAUUACUUUUUGCUCCCUGAAGUUCAGGGUAUCGACCAUUUUACCUGCCGAGGUUCGCACUUGCACAUCCGACAUGAGAGAAUGAAACUUGAAGUUUUUGAAAUGGCGUGGAAAUGAUGAUGUUGCGCAUAGUUGCAUUCCCUCAUCAAAUGGGCCAGCAGUUUCAAGUUUGCUUCUGAUCUGCGUUCCAAGUAUUCAUACAUGGCCAAUUUGCACGAUCAAAUUAUAUUUUCGAUUUUCUUACUUUGCAUGAAUUCUCCGACUUAAAUCUACAUAUGAACCAUCAUGGUACAUAGCCCAACCAUCAAAAUUUAUGGAACCAGUUUGAAGACUAAACAGAAGAAUUACAACCAAAUGUAAUCGAGGGAGGGUAGCUAGCCGAGGUUUGAGCCAGCCGGUUCUAUUCGAGGGAGGGUAGUUGGCAGGGGCCUCCGACUCCCUUCUCUGAUCCAGCUGAUUUUUCCUUUUUAUUUUAUAUUAUUUUUUGUUUUAUUUUAUUCAUUUUAGGUCCUCAAGUUGCCAUUUGUGCAUACUUACCCUUAAAAAGUCGGAAUGUCAGCAUUUCAUUCA